AUGACUAGAGCUUAUGAGCUUAGGGAUGCAGACGCGAGUAGUGCAGAUCGUAGGGUCGCAGAGGCAGCAGCGGGAGGCGCAACAACAAAAGAGGAAGCAGCUGCAGCCGCCGCAGCAGCAGCAGCAGCAGCAGCAGCAGCACCUUUUGGGAAAGAAGAGGCUGUUAGGAAGGCGGGAGAGGAAGUGCGCAGAGGCGCGGUGAGAGAAGGAAAAGGGGAUGGACCUUCAGAAAUGGAGGGCGUGACUUUGGCUGGUGGGGAAGGGGGUGAGAAGGGAGAGAGGGAGCGUAGAGGGGUGGUGGGGGAAGGGAAGGGGGAUGGACCUUCAGAAAUGGGGGGCAUGGAGGGAGAUGGGGAGGGGCAUGAGAAGCGGGAGGAGGGAAACAGUGAGCCGGGUGCGCAGGGUGAAGGAGAUACUGGAGAGGGAGAGACGGGAGAGGGAGAAGGUGGAAAGCAAGAGGGUGAAAAGAAGGAGGGUGACAAGAAGGAGGGUGACAAGAAGGAGGGUGACAAGAAGGAGGGUGACGAGAAGGAGGGUGAAAAGGAGGAGGGAGAAAAGGAGGGAGAAAAGAAGGAGGGUAAAAAAAAGGAGGGUGAAAAGAAGCAGGGUGAAAAGGAAGAGGGGGUGGAAGAAAAGGAGGAAGCGGUGGAGCUGGGCUGGGAGGAGUUGCUGCCAGGCCUGCCAGAGCACUUGAAGAGCCACAGCCAGCUGGCACCGCUUUUCCGCACGCGAUA